AUGCCUGACAUUUUCAUAAGAAAUGAUGUUGCUCAUAUUAUCAAAUUGAUGUCUUCCUCGGAUUGCUCAAAAAAAGCGAAUAGUUUAACGGAACCGUUUUACAUAAGAGCUUUGGGGCUACUAAAACAAUGUAAUGACAUUGAUGAUCCUAAAAAUAUCUUGGAAGUUUUAUUUGUUGUUGCACGUUCUGAUACAGAAGGGUUAAAUGAUGCAGGCACAGCUACAAAUUGUGAAGAGAAAAAAAUGGCUCUUACAAAGAAUUGUGACCGGUACAGUAGAAUCAUCACUGAAAAUAUUGCGAAUCAACCUGAAGAGAUCGGUCAUAGAGGCAACCGGCAGGUUUUACCAGAAUUUGUGAGUAAAGUUCUCAAAAUAUCAGCUACUCUCCCAAUGUGGGCAGCUUCAAUGUGUCAGUACUAUCCAUUUUCAAAGAGAAUGGGUUCUUCAGCCUCCUCGGAGAGUAAUUUCAACCAAGUGAAAAACAGACUAUUUAGUGAUAAGCAACUUUCCCUAAGAGCUGAUGAUUUCGUUUUGGAAUAUGCGACAGAGGGCGCUAGGAUCUCAAAAUCUUCUUCUUCUUCAAAGGAAAAAGUAGCAUAUUUUUUGGGCAAGAAAGGGAUUUGCCACACAUUUUUAAUAAUGGCGGAGCCACGUGCUCGUGCAGCUAAGCGAAAAUUAUUUUUUUAUGAUACUUCUGGAAGUGAAAAUAGUGAUGUGUAUGGCUCAGAUGAUAGCGUAAUGGACCGAGAUUAUGUGGAAAGUGGAAGUAGCGAUAGUUCUUCAUUGGAUUCGUCAGAUCAGGAAGAUGAUCAUACCGUAGAAGCACCUAUUCCAACAACUACACCAAAACUUGCUUCAACAAUACCAGCACGUGUUCCAACAGCCCCAGCACCCGCCCCAACAAACCCUGCACCUGUUCCAACAACCUCAAGGGGAACACUACCAACUCCAGAAAAGGCGACACCCUCCAGGUGGAAGAAAUCUAGAAAAGAAUGGAGAAAAAAGGACAAAUCAAAAAUAAGAAGAAAUUUAGGGUACAGUUACAAGAGCUCGAAAGGAAAUGAAAUAAGUGCCAGAGAGUUGGGAGCACCAUGUUCGUGCAAAAAAAAAUGCCGCGAAUUACUGAGGGGAAGCGAAAUGAGUAUUUUUAAAUCAUUUUGGGACCUGGGUGACUACAAUAAGCAAAAUAUUUAUUUAUACGCUUGCAUGAAAGCCUUGCCUAAAAAACGAUCCUAUCCAAAGAAAACAAAAAAUCAAGCCUCUUCGAGAAACAUAUCAGUUGAAUAUUUUGUCAAAGUAAAUGGGGAGCAAGUUAAGAUAUGCAAAAAAGAGUUUCUCUCUGUUCAUGGCCUCCAGAAAAGCAAAAGAAGGAUCGAAUUACUCUACAAAACUUUGUCCAGUGGAGGGUUAGUAACACCUGAAAAAGAUAAACGUGGUAUUCACAAAAAUAGACCAAACAAAACUUCCUAUGAGCGUCUCGAAUCGGUGAGAAAUCACAUAGAAGCUAUUCCAAAAUAUACCAGUCACUAUAGUAGACAAAAAAAUCCAGGAAAAGUUUUUAUUGACCACGAUUUAAAUAUUUCGAAACUUUACAAAGACUAUUUCAUUGACUGGUGUGAGGAACGUGGACUGACACCUGUAUCCGAGGAUAAGUAUAGACGCAUUUUCUGUACCGAAUAUAAUAUUGGCUUCAGACUACCAAAAAGUGACACCUGUAGUACCUGUGAUAUGCUCAGAAUUAAAAUUGACGAUCCCUCUGCCGAUGCGCAAGAAAUAAAUCGGAAUAAAGUAAAAUUAGAACUUCAUCAAAGGAGGGCAGAAGCCAUGCAGCACAGUUUGAAAACGGAAAUAGAAAACGCAAAAACUAACGGAGAUACUUUUGUCAUUACAUUUGACUUACAGCAAGCAUUGCCUGUCCCAAAUUUAACAGUAGGGCCUGCUUUUUAUCUACGUAAAGCCUGGGUAUACAAUCUAGGGAUUCAUGAUUGUGUCACAGGCAAAGGUUACAUGUACAUGUGGCCAGAAAAUGUUGCCAAGAGAGGUAGCGAUGAAAUAGCAAGCAUAGUGUAUAAACAUUUGCGAGAAAAUACGACUAGAGGGAGUAACAAAAAUCUUAUAGUUUAUACUGAUAACUGUUCCGGGCAAAACAAAAACUGGACUAUUAUGUGCUUGUGGCAGCAACUGGUAAUAGAUGGAUGGUUUAAAUCAGUUGAGCAUCGAUUUUUGGUGGUGGGGCAUACUCACCUUCCUUGUGAUCGAGAUUUUGCAUUAAUAGAAAAAUACAAAAAAGGCAUGAAACAAGUUUAUGAACCGAAUGAUUGGUAUCAAGCUGUCAAAAAAGCAAAAAGAACAAAUCCGUUUGUUGUGACUGUUAUUAAGCAAGAGGAUAUUUUAUCAUUUAAAGAUUUACAAAAUCAAAUUGUUAAGAAAAGUGUUUUGGAUGACAAGGAAAAACUAAAAUUUAGUCAGGUUAGCCAUUUCAAGUUAUGCCAAGAAGAUCCAAAUAAAAUGUUCGUUAAACAUGUCAUUAACGAAGAUUUCAGAAGUGUCACAAUGAAAAAAAGAGGAAUGAGAAAUAAUAUUUCUUUGACUCUAAGAGAUUUGAAAAGGAAAUAUAAAGAACUGCUUCCUUUAAAUGAAAAAAAGAUAUCUAAUCUUUCUGAGCUAGUAAAAUUUAUUCCACCGGCAUAUAUUCAUUUUUAUCAAGAGAUUGGAGCAUGUAAUGUUGUUGAACAUCCGAAUUCGGAGGAAAAUGUUGAGGACCUUGAUGUUGACAGUGAUCAAGAAAACAAGAGCGACGAUGACGGCGACGCUUAUGAGUAA